AUGUUCGACAACAUCAGAGGUUGCAUUCAUCUCCCUCCCACCAGCCAAUUCGUGCUGUGUCGGGGCGAUGCACUACUGAAAUCGUGCGAGGACAUAACUGCACAGUACUUACUAACAUCACCUCUUCCACCUCCCCUCCAAUUCCUGCCAUGGUUCUCAAAAGCGUCUUCACGAAAUCCUGACUCGCAGCGCUGGUCAUGGCAUACCGAGUCGUCCAGCAACGGAGCAAAUCUCUCUCUAACUUCUUCUGGCAAACAAGUUAACCAAUCCUGGCAAGACGUCCAGUGCAUUGCCUGUUUCUGCCAGGACGACUCCACUGCUUACCGAGAUGGGCUUUUGACACUCUGCACUCAUGCGAACAAGGUUUUCAUUCAUCAACCUCUCCGGAUGUAUCUGUAUGGCUUAUACAUCUACAAAUGCCAAUUAGAGGCGUGGAUUUUCGAUAGAUCUGGUAUAUGGGUUUGCCAAGCAUUCAAUAUCCAGGACAACCCGCAAAGGUUCCUUGCUAUGAUACUUAGCUAUCGAUCAAUGUCAGACGCAGACCUAGGAUUGAGUAGUGUUGUUAAGCGGGACGACAAUGGCAGCUUUGUGACUUUCAAUGAUACUGUUACACCUGGCCUACAAAAACUGUACCUGGAAGAUAAAACUAUAGCCCUUUCCGACGAUCUCGUUGGUCAGGGAACUACGUGCUACCGCGCCAGGUCAUCUGGGCGUGAUCAGUGGGACUACGUGAUCAAAGUCAAAUGGCGUCCCGCUGAUCGACGCCCGGAAGAAGAGAUACUGAAUCUCGCCAUGCAGAAGAAGGCAUGGGGUAUUGUCACCGCCAAUCUACGACAAGGUCUUCACUUCGGACCGUACUAUGAACUUGCACCAUUGCAUAACGAGACCGAUACACCACCCAGAGUCGCGAACUCGGGAGAGGAACCAAACAUCUCGAAGCUAGUCACACCCACCAAAACGCCGUUUCAGAACCGCAUCUUCACCUGCGUCGUGACCUCUCCCAUAGGCCGACCGCUCCAAUUCUUUGCGACCCGACUUGAAUUACUUCUCGCGCUGCGUGACGCCGUAAGGGCACACCGAUCGCUUUUCCAGGACGCCAAGGUCCUCCACCAGGACAUUUCCGUGUGGAAUAUCCUUAUCUCGCACCCUCAACGUCCGGGUGAUCCUCAUGGCAUCUUGAUCGACCUCGACGUCGCAAUCAACGUGGCAGAAGGAGGGCUACGGAAGCUAGGUGGGGCGAUAGGCACGCGUCCGUUCAUGGCCAUUGGCGUCUUGUUGAGGCGGAUUCAUACCUACCGUCAUGAUCUGGAAUCCUUCCUCUACGUCCUGCUGUGGGUCGUCGUCGUGAGGCAGAAGGAUUACCCGCCCGUGGGCAGCAGGCUGAGGGAGUGGAAUCAAGGGUCAUUGGCGGACUCAGCAAGGCUCAAGACAUCCGAUAUGGCUGAAGACAGCUUUGGGAAUGUUCUCGCGGAGUUUGAGCCCGAGUUCGAGUCGUUGAAGGGCCUUGCCGAACGGUUGCGUGGUCUGCUGUUCCCAAGGGAAAGUGGAGAGCUGUGGACCGGCACGGUCGGCUCAGGUGCUGGCAUAAAUCGCCUCUACGAUGCAUUUAUUGAUACAUUUUAACAGGCCAUCCAACGAGAGAGGCAAUC